AUGACCUCUGAUGCUGAUAGGAAAUUGGAACGUGCUGGUUCUAGGGGCCAACUAUUUGCCCAGGAGCCAUCCCAAAAGGCAUUCGGUGUCCCAUCUGGUGGCGGCUACCAGAUCACUGCAUCCUGGCAAACAGCUCUGGGAAACGAUGGCUAUAUUGGUGUUAUCAUCAGAAUAUUGCUUAACGGUUACAUCACGGAGCGCAUUGGGAUGAAGAAAACAAGGGUGUUGGCCCAUAUCACUAUCACAGCGUUUACUUUCAUCUUGGUUUUUGGCCAGACCAAGGAGUUGCUCCUCGCUGGUCAGGUUCUUUGUGGCCUUCCUUGGGGAUUUUUCUCUGCGGCAGCACCGGCUUAA